AUGGCGACCGAGACCGCACCUGUUAAUGGCUUGUACGGGGCAACCCAGUAUGGUCAGCCUGCUGAACUUGCCGCCUCUACCCCCUCUGCACCGACUCAUGCUGCCUCUGCUUCUCAAAGUACGACCGCCUCCGCCACUCAGCAGAAGGCAGACCCUCAAGAGAUCGGCUGGUACUUUGUGGAGCAGUAUUAUACAACUCUAUCUAAGAGCCCAGAAAAGAUUCACCUGUUCUAUUCUAAGAAGUCACAGCUGGUCACGGGCGUCGAAGCUGAGAAAGUUCUUCCUGCUCUUGGGACAAAGGCCAUCAGCGAGAAAAUUAAAGCCCUCGAUCUCCAAGACUGCAAAGUGCGCGUCCUCAACGUCGACUCCCAGGCCUCGUUCAACAAUAUUGUUGUUCAGGUUAUUGGCGAGAUGUCGAACAAGUCGGAACCACAUCAUAAAUUCGUGCAGACCUUUGUCCUUGCCGAACAACCCAAUGGCUACUUCGUCCUGAACGAUAUCUUCCGCUACCUCAGCGAUGAUGAGGAUGAGAUCGUUGAAGAUGAACAACCCCAAGCAGAAGUCCCUGCGGAAGAGCCCCCCACCCCUGUUGCAGGUGUGGCCGAUGUCCCCGCCCAUGCUGAUGAUGUCGUUGCUACCGAUGGCGCUGUCGAGAAGGUUGACGAGAAACUGGAGGAAGAAAAGGUGGAAGAAACCCCAGCAGCAGAGGAACCAGCUGAGGUUAAUGGCGAUGCUGUUCCCUCUCCUGCUGAAAAGGCAGAAGAGGUUACCGAGCCUUCAGGCCCUACAGAGGAGGCUGUCGGCCAAGAAGUCACCGAAUCUGCCGCAACUGAGCAGCCUGCGGAGCCAGAAGCCGUUGCCGUUGAACCGGUACCUGAAGCAGCUGCACCAACCCCGGCUCCUGCCGAGGCACCUCCAGCGAAGAAGACUUGGGCCAGCAUGUUGGGAGGUGGUGUCCAAAAGCCAGCUGUUCCAGCCCUUCCUUUGACUCCUGCCCCACAGCCAAAAGCUCCCCGAACGUCGCAACCUACACAAGCCCCUAAAGCUCAAGCGGAACCUGUACCAGCGACCGCAAAUACAACUUCCAGCACUCCGACCUCGCAGAGCAAUGGCUGGCAGACUGCUGAUCACAGCAAAAAGAGCAACCGACCACCGAACAGAGCCGUCUCAGAGGGGAUCACAAUGGCGUACAUUAAGAACGUGAACGACAAAGUCGAUGCUAGGAUCCUUCGCGAGGUUCUCGAGAAGUACGGCGAGCUCAAAUAUUUCGACGUAUCGCGACCUAGGAAUUGUGCGUUUGUCGAGUUUGCUGAUCCCGCCGGCUACGCUGCUGCUGUUGCUGCGAAUCCCCACGCAGUCGGUACUGAACAGAUCUACGUCGAGGAGCGUCGACCCCGUCCCAAUGCAUACGGCGGCAGCAACGCUAACUUCAAUCGCGGUGGUGGAACCGCGACCCGUGCCCGGGGUGGCAUGCAGGGCGGCCGAUCUGGAAGCCAGACCAACUUUCCCAAGGAUGCCGGACGUGGUAGUGGAUUUCAACGUGGAAAGCCCGGCACGGGUACCGUCACUCCCAAGGGGCGUGGCCAAGGCCAAGCUGCGUGA